AUGGUCCCACUGGUACGGGGUACGGUACGGGACACUGGUACCGCCAGCCAAGGGGAGGAAUACCACCAGCUAGCAAGCCUGGGUCAAUGGCUGGUUGGCAAUCUCCAUGUAAUAAACAGUGGUCUGAUCUAGCUAGAAACUAGAUGCGGCGGUUGACAAGUUGACAAAGCAACAAGUCAGUGGCUUAUCGGAAAGAGUGGGCGGAAACAAGAGCGGUUGUACCAGUAUCAGCUUACUAAUACGCACAUCACGAGGCAAAUGGCUGGCUGAGCUUGGAGAUGUUGCUUUGCUUCUUUACUGUUAUCGAGCUACAGCGUACUAGCUAGAUAGCCUGAGACGGAGCCUACUCCUGGACCUUAGCAAAACUUAUCCAAAUAAACUCGCCAAUCUAGCUAGCUAGACGCCCACACCUUCUUCACUCCUGGUUCCACACCGGAAUCCUCAACCCAGUCCCAACACCGGGUUCAUUGCAAGCAAGAGGCACCAGGUUAAACUCCCGCAACAAUUCUGAUGCAUAGUACUCCAGGACCAGCCCUGAAUGUCAAUCGAAUCACGCCUCGAAAACCUUCAUCCACACCUGGACCACCUCUUGAAGUAAGCAAGUCACUCCCAAGGCACUCCUGGCCCGAGCCCACCAUACCAGGACUCUAGCCAAUUCCUGGCUGAACCAACACCAAGGCCUACUAGCUAGCACCCAGCCAAGGAGAAACAGACUCUGGUGGGUCCCACACCAGGAUGUACCCUAGUCAACCCCCAAUCCCCACUCUUAGAUCCACCUCUGGACCAACACGGUGACCAACACAACGCGGCCCAUUUCUUGGACUAUCAAUGCUAGAGCCAGUGUAGUUGGCUGGCAGGUUGGAAACAACCUUACCGGUACGAACCGAGGAUACAUGUACGAAAUCCCUACCUCUUGCAUCAGCCAGGACAUGAUUUCCGUACAUACUGUACACGCUAAGAGCAAUGUAGUGUAAACUAUUAUGAACCAAUGAUUGGAUUCCUAGGUCCCGUGGCUGGGUUGGCUGGAGACCAGCCAAGUCUACCAUUGCACCCUCUUUCUUUGCUGACUGUCAGAGCGGAGGAUACAUUGUGUUAAAACUGGCUAGAGUUGUCCGUGGCGAAAAAGACUGUGGGGCAAACGUGGGAGUAUUGGGGAGAUCAUCUAAUCUGAUUAGUCUACUAGUGGGUAGAACAAGCAAUAAAAGGAAGGAUAACGAGUAUCAACCUGAACGCUCCCUCGCCUCAUGAGGGUGCAUGUACCGGUACCGGGUACCGGGUACCAGUAUCCCAGGAGGCAAAAGUAACGGCCAAAUUUUUUGGUGACAGCUCAACACCUCACUCCGCGUUCGACGCAUGCAGCAAUUAUGCCGGAACUGCUUUUAGUUAAUUUUUCUGUUUUGAAUUCAUGAACAUGCGUCUUGCCGUUAGAUACUUAGAACCGGCAUCCCGCCAUUUUUGAGAAAGAUGAUGCAGAAGCCAGAAAUUGAUCUGUUGCGAACUGACUGUUGAAGGCUUGACUUGACUGUAUUGCACCAACCAAGCGAGAGAAAGAGGACAGGAAAGCAAACACUGUCCUUGAUUGGGACCCACAUACUGAUUUUGUUCCAGUCCACCUUGUUAACGUGGAUAAGAGUAACUUGUUGAGAGAGAAAACACAUUGAAAAUAGUGAGGAUUUUUUAUCGGAAAGAUGGCUGAACCUAUGAUUUCCCCCACCGCUACGGACGAUACCCCGCCUCUAUCGGUAUCAGAGCAAGUGCCUCCAUCUCCUCCUGCACCUCCUCUUUCCGUGCUAUCCAACGAAGAAAAGCACGAGGAGGAAAAGCAAGAAGAGGAUGAAGAACUGGCAUUGGCUACUAGCGUGAGAUCCACCAACACACAUUCUACUCAAAGGUCAAUUGGUGUUUCAGGCUCUUCCGAGUCGCAUCAUCCGAGUCGCAACAAUGGGUCCAUCACAGAUCUGUCGGCUACAGAGAUCUACUAUGGAACGGAUAUGUCCACCAAUGGUUCCGAGACGGGCAAACACCUUAGCAGCAAAAGACCUAGCAACAUCAACACAGGGUUCCCACCACAAGACAGUACUCCAGUGAAGAAAAACACCAGACCAAAGAACAAUGACGAGGAAGAUGGAGUUAUGGUCUCCAGCAAGGAUGAAGAUGACGACGAGGAAGAUGAUAUUGACGAUGAUGCCUCCUAUGAUACAGUCGCUGUCAACAAACGGAGGGCACAGGAUCGUCGCUUUGGUUGCAUCAUGUUCCAAAGUGGCUUUGUUGGCGUCAUUAUUGCCAUUAUCUUGCUGACCAUUCAAGUUGUCAAGGAAAACAAUGAACCUGUCCAUACCGUUGUAGUAGAUACCAAUCAGGAGGAGGCAAAACGAACCAAAUCCAUCAUGAAAAUUCUGGAAUUGCCACCACAAACCACUGCACUGAUUGAACAAGACCCUCAGUCUCCACAAGCAAUGGCAGUGGAGUGGCUUAUCGAUGAUCCAUGGUGGGACACCUACACGUACAGUCAAGCAAGAGCCCGGCAACGUCUCUGUCUAGCUUCCCUUUAUUUUGCCACACAAGGUUCCGAAUGGAUCCUGACUUCUUCGGACAUGCUAUCCUACAACACUCAUGAGUGCGAGUGGCUUCCCACGGAAAAUCUUGUGUGCAAUGACGACUAUCAAUUCACCCUGUUGAACUUGGAAAACGUUGGCUUGAAGGGCACUGUACCUGAUGAAGUCUUCGGAAUCAUGGCUCCCAGAACCUUGGAACAUGUGGCGCUGGGCCGCAACGAGAUUGGGGGCACUUUGAGUUCUGAAGUCGGUUUGCUCACCAAUCUCAACUAUCUGGAUAUCUCUCAAACUCUUAUCAGCGAAUCAAUCCCCAGCGAGAUUGGUAACUGCCGCUCCCUGAAAAUUCUAUAUUUGCAAUCCAAUGCUCUGCUGGAAGGGACGCUUCCAACACAGGUGGGCCAAUUGUCAGCACUGCAAGGGCUCUGGUGGAGAAACACUGCUACGGGAGGAUCCAUUCCGAGUGAAUUGGGUUCCUUGGUCUAUCUUGAAGUACUCGAGCUGAGCGGAAACAAAUUGACUGGUGAAAUACCUUCCGAAUUGGUGUCUGACGCCGACCUUCCUUCGAGCAUAGCUCGGAGUGCCAAGCAACCAGAGUCUACAAAGACCUCCGUUGGGCUGCAAGAUGUGCGACUGGCCGGCAAUCGCUUGACAGGAUUCAUUCCACCCAUCACAGGCAGGGCUCGGACCAGCUUGAAAGCCUUGGUUCUGUCGGGGAACGCUUUCGACUCGACCGUCCUUCCAUCUCAUUUGGCCAACCUCGCCAAGCUGACCAGUCUACAAGUGGGAGAUUGUGCCUGGACUGGACUCAUCCCCAGUGAGCUUGGUCUCAUGAGUGCCCAUCUUGAAUCGCUGGGCUUGAACGGAAACAGUUUUUCGGGAACCGUCCCCACUGAACUGUUGCAAUUGAGUCAACUGCAAAAUCUCUAUCUGCACGACAUUUUGGGCUUGGAUGGUCGGAUUGUGGAUGCCAGCGAAGGUUCCACAGAGGGUGACUUGGCACUGGGAAGACUAUCCAACUUGAAGGAAUUAACCAUCAACGACACACCCUUGUCUGGAGUUCUGCCCGAUUCGCUGUGUGUUAUCUCCAUUUUAAGCUUUACCUGCGAUCCAGACUCAUUGUGCGGAUGUGAUUGCGAGUGUUCAACCAACAGUCCUACCGCCAGGAUCACAACAAGGCCCACCGAACAACCUACUACACAGCCAACUAUGCGACCUUCUCCAAGUCCAUCCGAAAUGCCCACCAGUGCACCUCCGACCAAUGUGCCAACAGCACCGAUCUCCAGUAUUCGAGAAGCCUUUGUGGACAACCUACCAAACUACACGCUGGUUGGCCUUGAAUACCCACAGAGCCCACAAACGUAUGCAUUAAAUUGGCUCUUUUCGGAUCCCAACGUGCGUGUCUACUCUCCAUUCCAGAGGCGUCAACGUUUUGCCAUGGCUACUUUGUUCGUCUCGCUCUAUGGGAUAGAGGCAUCGGCCAACGAAACGGCAUGGCUGUCCUAUGAUACUCAUGAGUGCUUCUGGGCGGGUAUUGGAAAGAGCUACGCUUCAUGUGAAGCCUUCGAGGGAGACGAUCGUCUCGUCGUGGGGCUGUAUCUAGCCCCAACUGGCAUGCAAGGCAUCCUUCCACCUGAAGUUGCCUUGAUGUCUGCUCUAGCAUCCAUUCAAGGGUCUAGUGGAAUCAUGAGCGGACCUUUGCCAACUGAAUUAGGUCUUUUGACUGGCCUUCACACACUUCGGCUGCCCGAACAUAAUAUUCUUGGCUCGAUUCCCUCGGAGCUCGGGCGGUGUUCAUCACUGCGAACCGUGGACCUGGCGUUGAACAAUCUGAGCAGCAGUCUACCAACCGAGUUGGCACUGCUGCCCAAACUCGAGUCCUUCGCAGUACCUCAGAACUCAUUGGUUGGAAACCUUCCAGCCAAUUGGCCGCAUUCACUGAAACACAUGGAUCUGAGUCAUAAUGGAUUCAGCGGAACCAUUCCAAUGCCGUUCUGGGCUCUCUCGCUUCGCAACAGUUUACAAACUCUGGAGAUCGGAGAUAACAACUUGGUGGGCCGAGUUGACUUGAACGUUGGUCAUCUGGGGCACCUAACGCGCUUGGAUUUAUCGGGGAAUCAACUCACGGGCCCGUUGCCAUCCGAGGUGGGAUCGUUGACGCGGCUGACUACUUUGGAUGCUUCCCGCAAUGGUUUCGUUGAGACAAUUCCCACUACUAUCGGUCAGUUGUCGCAACUUAAAUUCCUGUAUCUCAACAGCAACAAUAUCCGGGGCAGCAUUCCUGCUCAGAUUGGCAUGCUAUCACAACUGGAAGUUUUGAGAUUGCACGACAACGACCGAAUAGACGGCCGCAUCCCGCAGUCGAUUGUCGAUUUGCCUCUGAGUGUUUUGACUGUAAAUGAGACCUCAGUGGCAGGACGAAUCCCCUCUGGACUUUGCUUCUUGGAUGUCUUUGCCUUUUCUUGCUCGUCGUCGCUGUGCGGCUGCAGAAAUUGUGCCUGCCCGCCCCUUACCUGAGGAUAAUAUCGGUGCAAAUUCGGUUCAGAUGAAUUAGAAUGGAAACGAAAUCCAUUUCUUAUGUGCCAUGUUUAUAAAAUGCUUUCAACCUAUUAUAACAAGUACUAGUAGUCUAUAGUCUUGGCCUACGAGCUACUGAUGUCGGCUCUGGCUAACGUUUGUAGAGGAUGAAAAC